AGGGCGAAUCAAAGGCUAUAUUUAGGAAGAACAACUGGAAGCUAUGACAGGAAUUCUCUUUUACACUUUGCUUCUAAACUGAGUUCCCCUCCAGCCUGGAGCAGCUCUCAGUGCCAUCCAGGCUGAAAGCAUCGGAGCUAUUUCAGACACAUUAAAAGGAUCACAGUCAAUAUCUCAGCUGAUAGAAGAAGGUACCUCUUUCAGCAUCAAAAGGAGGUGUAUAUACUUGCUUGACGGGAUACGACUCUCUCUUAAAAAUGUCAAAACAGCCAGCAUCACAUGUCAAAGCCAUUCAGGCUAAUAUUAACAUUCCAAUGGGAGCAUUUCGACCUGGUGCAGGUCACCCUCAUAAAAGAAAAGAAUUUACACCUGAAGUGGAGGAGAGUGUUCCUGCUUCUACAGAGGAGGAGAAAGACAAGAAACAUCUCCCAGGAGCUAAGAAACUUCCAGGCCCUGCUGUCAACUUAUCAGAGAUUCAGAACAUAAAGAGUGAGCUGAAGUUUGUCCCCAAAGCUGAACAGUAGCUGAAACAAGCAGGUCUAGCAAGAGAAACCGAAUGGAUUCCAAUGAAUGGAGAUCGUUUGAAAUAUUUUAUACAUUUGUAUGAAGACUAUGAACUUCCUAAAUCUGCAAUACCCCAUAGGAAGCAUCUUCUUUGUACAUUUACACCAACACUUUCUUGUUGUCCAUUUUGCUUAACAGGGGAAAGUACUGAAGAAAUAACACAGCACAAAGCAACGAGCAGUGAAUGUAUAUAUAUUCAGGAAUGAUUUUGAUCUAAGAACAGGGAGCAGGAACUUGCAGUUUGAACAAAAGCGCAAUAAAUACUUUUUCAAAAAACGAAUUCAUUACUUGUAAUGAAUUUGGUUUUGUUCCUUUUGCAAAAAAAAUCAAUACAGACAAAAGAAUUUUUAAAUGAUUUCAUGAAAUGCAGAUUGAAUGAGGAAUAUAAUGUCUAAUUUCCUGUUAUGUAUUCCUAGUUAUAGAACAGGCUUGGAAUCAUGUAAAAUAAAAGAAGUGCAAGUAUUUAAAGGAUUGGUCUUUAUGGUAAGUUUAGCUAAAUUCUUCUUUCAUUGUAGAGCCAAAGUAUUCCUUUUUCUCGAGAAUCUAAAAUACACUGGUAUUCUGAUUUUUAUGCAUCACUUCUACUUUGUACAGUGAAAACACAAGAUGUGAGGUAGGUGACAGAACUCCUGCAACCUCUAUUCAGAUAAACAGGUCAGUCAGGCUUGAUGAAAUGUACUCCUGAAUAUACGUUGAAGGAUCACUAUCUUCAAAAGCCCAAAUAAAAAGAUGACACUGACAUAUUCAUGCUGAGCAAAAAUCAUGUAUGAUCACACUCUUACAUAUAAUGAUUAAACCCUGACAUUGUUUUAUAUGGACUGUACAUAAAUGAAGACUGUUCAAUGCAUAUUCUAUUUUUGGAAACAAGAACUUAUUAUUAGAGAAAUUUAAUACACUAUGUUUCCUUGGUC